CUUUCUCAAAGUCCAUCGAGCAAUACAUCUUUUGCCAUCUCCUAAUUGACGGUUUGAUCUUUGUUUUUUCACAUUUCUCGUACCGUCGACACAAUGUUUCGUAGACAGAUCUUGCGCCAAUCUCGCGCUGUUUCAGAGACCCUCACAGCAUCGCCUCAAUUACGGCGGUCGCCGUUCUCUUCCGCAACAUUUGCAUCCCCUCGACCCUGCAUACCCGCCUCGUACUCUUUCAGAACAGGCCAGAGAUGGCAAUCGACGGAGGCAAACAAGCCAGCCGAUGAGAAGGCUGCUCCCGAAUCUGAACAGACAAAAGCGCCAGAGGCCAAAGAGGAUCCGACAAAACAAGAACUCGAGAAGGCGAAGAAGGAAAUCAUUGACUUGAAGGACAAAUAUCUCCGGUCCGUCGCCGACUACCGCAAUCUGCAAGAGCGGACGAAACGCGAGACCGAGGCGGCGAAGCAAUUCGCCCUGCAACGCUUCGCCACAGACCUGCUCGACUCGAUAGACAACCUCGACCGAGCUCUCACGGCCGUCCCGAAAGAAGUCCUCUCCGAGACCGCGACGUCGGACGCAUCCUCUUCGGACGCCAACGCCGCGGCGGCAUCGGAGUCGACCUCGGAGGCAAGCAAGCAUCUCACCGACCUGCACGCCGGUCUCAUGAUGACAGAAGGCAUCCUCAUGUCCACAUUGAAGAAGCACGGCAUCGAACGCUUUGACCCUCUCGAGGGCGAGGGACGAAGGUUCGACCCCAACACCGACGAGGCGACCUUCUUCGCCAAGGUGGACGGCAAGCAGGACGGCGAGGUCUUCUUCACCCAGAGCAAAGGCUACAAACUUAACGGCCGGGUUCUGAGAGCCGCAAAGGUCGGCGUUGUCAAGAACUCAUAAGACGAAAACCCCUCUCCACACACAUACACACGCGCACGCUCCCAUUUCCGUCCGACAUCCGCCUCCAUAUAAAUCUCUUCCCAACCUCGAACAACGCAAGUGCGGUUUGAAACCGCGACGACAAUUUUCCACUCUCGCAUUUUCAGGACAGAACAAAAAGUGAACUUUUUUGGGUUCUGCACCAUAUGACCAUGACCGAUCACAUACCCUGGGUACGGUUCAGCUUCCUGUACAAAAAGUAAAGAAUAUUUAAUCAACCAUCAACUCUCUCUCUCUCUCCUGUUUAUCAUGAGCUUGGUCGACUGCGAGGCGUAAAUGAUGAAGCGGGGAAUCUUAAAGGCAUCGUCUCCGUUGGGUUCAACCAGAAAAGAGAAGACCGAAGCGAGUACUCCUCCUGCGGCUUGCUGAGGGGUAUGGGACACGAGAGACACUUUUCGACGGCUAACAUGUUCCGUCUUUGUUUGUAGAUGAUGGGGAGGAUUGAUCAUGAUGUGCCUGUUUUUUUCUGAACGAGCGGGUACUCUGGUGCUCCGGCUUUUGUAAAAUGUAGCUUAUAUCACUCAAAGACCUUUCUUCCUCC